AUGGGUAAAGGUUCCUUCAAAUACGCCUGGGUGUUGGACAAACUUAAGGCUGAGCGUGAGCGUGGUAUCACCAUCGAUAUUGCCUUAUGGAAAUUCGAGACUAGCAAAUACUAUGUGACCAUCAUCGAUGCUCCCGGACACAGAGAUUUCAUCAAGAACAUGAUCACAGGAACAUCACAGGCUGACUGCGCUGUACUGAUCGUCGCUGCCGGUACCGGUGAGUUCGAAGCUGGUAUCUCUAAGAACGGACAGACCCGUGAACACGCUCUCCUUGCUUUCACACUCGGAGUGAAACAACUGAUCGUUGGUGUCAACAAAAUGGACUCUACUGAGCCGCCAUACAGCGAGCCUCGUUUCGAGGAAAUCAAGAAGGAAGUAUCUUCUUACAUCAAGAAGAUCGGUUACAAUCCCGCUGCUGUCGCUUUCGUACCCAUUUCUGGCUGGCACGGAGACAACAUGCUGGAGCCUUCCACCAAAAUGCCCUGGUUCAAGGGGUGGCAGGUGGAGCGUAAGGAAGGCAAGGCUGAGGGCAAAUGCCUGAUUGAGGCUCUGGAUGCUAUCCUGCCCCCAGCUCGUCCCACCGACAAGGCUCUUCGUCUUCCCCUGCAAGAUGUAUACAAAAUCGGUGGUAUCGGAACGGUGCCCGUCGGCAGAGUUGAAACUGGUGUCCUGAAGCCCGGUACCAUCGUUGUAUUUGCCCCCGCCAAUAUUACCACUGAAGUUAAGUCUGUUGAGAUGCACCACGAAGCUCUCCAGGAGGCCGUACCUGGUGACAACGUUGGUUUCAACGUUAAGAACGUCUCCGUGAAGGAAUUGCGUCGUGGAUACGUCGCUGGUGACUCCAAGAACAACCCACCCAAGGGAGCUUCAGACUUCACUGCACAGGUCAUUGUCCUCAACCACCCUGGUCAAAUCUCAAAUGGUUAUACACCUGUUUUGGAUUGCCACACGGCUCAUAUUGCUUGCAAAUUCGCCGAAAUCAAAGAGAAAGUUGACCGUCGUACUGGUAAAUCCACUGAGGAGAACCCGAAAUCAAUUAAGUCUGGUGAUGCCGCCAUUGUCAACCUUGUGCCUUCCAAGCCUCUGUGUGUGGAAUCUUUCCAAGAAUUCCCUCCUCUUGGCCGUUUUGCUGUGCGUGACAUGAGGCAAACCGUUGCCGUCGGUGUCAUCAAAGCCGUUAACUUCAAGGAAGGUGCUGGUGGCAAGGUCACCAAGGCUGCAGAGAAAGCCACCAAAGGCAAAAAG